CCCAAACCCCAGCUCCCGUUUCUAGAAUUGUGUCCUCUCCUCGACAUCACAGUAACUUGUUCCCCGGACUCUCCUACAGUCCUCACGCCGCUUCUGCUCCCUUUAUUCUCUGUCAGCUCUCCGCGUAGUCCUCCUGUUACGUCGGAACUUCAGCGCACACCAUGUCUUCCCCUCGCGCACAAUCGCCCUCGGGCAAUGCAGGAUCCGGCUCCACGACCGCUCGCCCCUCGUCCCCUAAGCCCCCGGGCGGCCCUGCGACCGUGAUGCGGAGAAAGGCAGCUGCCGACCGUGCAGAGAAGUCGGCGAACCAGAGGCCAAGCAGCACGCGCGCUGCUGGUGCGGGCGGCAGCUCCAGCACGAUGUUGCGCCUCUACACGGAUGAAUCCCCGGGGCUGAAGGUCGACCCCGUCGUCGUCAUGACUCUCUCCGUUGUUUUCAUCUUCAGCGUUGUUGCUCUGCACGUUAUUGCCAAGGUCAUGCGUCGUUUCUCAGCAUAGACAAUUUCCACCCUUCUCCUAUCUGUUUUUCCGACUCCGCCGUUUGCAGAAGCGCAAGGCAGCAGCAGCAUUCUGAGCGGGGUUUCGAGUUCCUGUGCCCAUGCCCAAUGGCGUGGGAGAUUGCAUGAGGGGGCAUCAACAACACCGGAAAGGUCUUGCAGGAUUGAAGGCAAGAUCGUUAUAGGGCAUUUUUCCGAAGCGAGGAUGCGGUGUGACGGGAGGGUACCUCGACGUGUAUUAUAAUCUGCAAUUGAAUUGGCGUGGAGUUUGCGUUCAUUUCGUCGUCUCCGUAUCCCGCUCCGCAUCCAAUGAUUAUCUUGCUAUCUUGCCGUUCUCCUGUUACGCUUUGGCGCCUCCUGCAGGCUGGCUACUCGGAAUGA